UUGGAAAAAGGUUUUAUUUUGUUCUAAAGUGCGACGUUGUUAAUGUAAAAGGCUUCGUUGCUGUUUCUGCCUGCAUGGCGCUUUUUAAUUAGAGCGGGACACUUAAAGCACACUCCAGCGAGAGCAAUUACACCUGCCUGUGCUCAGAGCGCUUGACAAUACUGCUUCACUCUCCAGCUCUCACAGGCCCACACCACAGAGACUCACCACGAUCAAAACGGCUUUUUAAUGAGGAUUUCAAUCUUUCGCUGGAAAGCUGGACAGCAGAGACUGUGUAAUGAGAGCAAAAAUGCUGUUUUUUGUUGUUUAGAUGCACUUCAGAAUCUCGUGGGGCAGCAGAACGCCAGAUACGGGAUCAUCAGGAUCUUUAAUGCACUUCAGGAGACCAGUGCCAACAGACACCUUCUCUACAUCUUGUUGGAGAUGCUGCUUAAAGAACUCUAUCCCGAGCUGAGCGUGGAGGCCGUACAGGCCUGAACAUCCUCACGUCACAUCAGAGGCUCAGGAUGUGUUUCUCUAAUGUGCUGGAUGGCUGUUUUUGGUGUUAUUUAUUUUUUUUGUUCUGUUGUUUUAUUUCUAAAACACUUGACUGACUCUGUAGUGCUGGAUCUGGGAAGCGUCAUGAAUAUGUUUGUGUUUUAAUCCGUUGAUGUGUUUCUCUCUGGUGAGAUUUGGAGGAACGGACCACAUCCACUGCCAGCUGUCAUCUUCAGCUUUUCUUUCUCUCUUUUGUUUUCUUCUAGGGGGUUUUGCUGUGUAAUGUGAAGAACAGUGGAAUGAGUGUUACACAUCUGUAAAAAGAAGAACCCAGACCUCUGUAAACUCCCUACAUAUUAUUGUGACCAUUAUGAAAGCUUUUAAUCGUGCAAUAUGUCAUGUACAGUUAUUGUGAAGGUUCUGUUUGUGAUAUUAUUAUUAAUAUUGUUAUUAUUAUAGAAUUUUAUUUUUACCAAAAUAGACUAGAGCAUUUAUAAGCAAUAAAAUGCAGAAGAAGAUU